UGUCACUUUCGUUCUUCUGUUCUUCUUCGUUUUCUCCUUCGAACGAAACUUUCUCCUUCAUUCGUUCUCUUCAUUCUCCGUCAUUCUCCGGCGUGGGUUUGGCUUUUACGGUAUCCUCCCGCGUGGGUUUGGUGGAGCUCGACUUUCCGACGACAAGGUGUACAAUUGUCAGAGAUAUGCCUGCUGCCAGCCUUGGCUUAAACAAAUUCUACUAUACUGGACUUAUAACUGCACAUAUGAAGAAGAAACCUUGUGGCAGAUGAUCUUGCUAUUAAAGUAAAAAAUCAUCUCAGCUGUUCUUCAUGUCCUUGUUAAUGUUCGGUUGGUGAAUAUAUCAAUACAAUGCUACUUUUCUAUGAUUACCGGUUGAACUUGUUGACGGUCAAAGGAAUGGUUAUCGGUGAAUAUAUCAAUACAAUGCUACUUUUCUGAUUGCGUUCUAACUUAAGUUUCAAUUUUCAGCAGCCCAAUGUGCAAUCUAGAUCACAAAAGGAAGGCUCAGAAUCAUGGGACCCCAUGCCCUUUAUUCUGCCCGAGCUUGAUUGUAGAGAAGGAAUGAAAGGAGGAGCUUAAUAUCUAGGAUAAGCUUGUGUUGAUUAGAAACUUCAUCUCCGCGCAAGCUAUCAUGGAAAUUGAUGAUCAAAACCCUGCAUCAACUGCUGCGGAAUCUCCUGAAACCCUUCCUGGUGGUGAAAAUGAGGAACUUGAUAAUCCAGCCGAACCAACUCAACCUGCAGCUACAUCAGUUAUUCCACCUUCAAUUGUCCCUGCCAUUGCUCCUAUCCCCCCUCCAAUUAUCCGUCCAUUGGCUCCUCUUCCGAGCCGACCUCCCCUCUUUAGGCCCCCUGUAACACAAAAUGGUGAGUUGAGAACAAGUGACUCAGACUCAGAACAUGAUGAAUUGGCUCCUGCCCGAACAGCUCCAGGUUCAACUGCAGAGUAUGAAAUCUCAGAAGAGAGCAGGCAGGCUAGGGAGCGUCAUGAAAAAGCCAUGCAGGAAUUUUUGAUGAAGCGUCGUGCUUCUGCUUUAGCGGUGCCUACUAAUGACAUGGCUGUUCGAGCUCGUCUUCGACGUCUUGGUGAGCCCAUAACUCUUUUUGGAGAAAGAGAAAUGGAAAGACGGGACAGGUUGCGGUCGAUAAUGGCACGAUUGGAUGCUGAAGGGCAAUUAGAGAAGCUCAUGAAAGUUCAUGAGGAAGAGGAGGCUGCAGCUACUGGUGGAACUGAGGAGGCUGAGGAGGAAGUGCUUCAGUAUCCCUUUUAUACUGAGGGGUCCAAAGCUCUCUUGGAUGCAAGAAUUGAUAUUGCAAAGUAUUCCAUCCUAAGAGCAUCUUCACGCCUUGAGCGUGCAAAAAGGAAGCGGGAUGACCCAGAUGAAGAUGUGGAAGCAGAAAUGGAUUGGGCUCUGAGGCAGGCUGAAAGUUUGGUCCUGGACUGUAGUGAGAUAGGAGAUGAUCGACCACUUUCUGGUUGUUCUUUCUCGUCUGAUGGAAAAUUUCUUGCCACUAGUUCAUUGAGUGGAGUUGCAAAAUUGUGGAGCAUGCCUCAAGUAAGGAAGGUUUCCAACUUUAAGGGACACACAGAGCGUGUUACUGAUGUAAUGUUUUCUCCAGUGAAUGAGUGUUUAGCAACUGCCUCUGCUGACCGAACUGCAAGGUUGUGGUCUCCAGAAGGAUCUCUACUUAAAACAUUUGAGGGCCAUCUAGACCGCCUUGCACGAAUUGCCUUCCACCCGUCGGGCAAGUACUUGGGCACAACUAGCUUUGACAAGACCUGGAGAUUAUGGGAUGUUGAAACUGGUGUAGAAUUACUUCUUCAAGAAGGUCACAGUAGAAGUGUCUAUGGGAUAGCCUUCCACCAGGAUGGAUCCUUGGUAUCAUCUUGUGGCCUUGAUGCACUUGCUCGCGUUUGGGAUCUUCGAACUGGUAGGAGUGUUCUUGCCUUGGAAGGCCACGUCAAGCCAGUCCUUGGAGUUAGUUUUUCACCCAACGGUUAUCAUUUGGCUACUGGUGGAGAAGAUAACACUUGUCGGAUAUGGGAUUUAAGGAAGAAAAAAUCUCUUUACAUAAUACCUGCACAUUCAAACCUUGUUUCACAGGUGAAAUAUGAACCUCAGGAGGGAUAUUUCUUGGUUACUGCAUCAUUUGAUAUGACAGCAAAGAUUUGGUCUGCUCGAGAUUUUAAGCCUGUGAAGACACUCUCUGGUCACGAAGCAAAAGUUACAUCUUUGGAUAUAAUUUCAGACGGACAGUGUAUUGCAACCGUCUCACAUGAUCGGACCAUAAAGCUCUGGUCUGUUAAUAGUAAAGACAAACAGACUAUGGACAUUGAUUAACUUUUCGUAGUACCCAACAUGGGAGAUGUUUCACGAUCUUACUUGAACAGGUUCUGUUCUAUAAAUUGUACGUCUGCAUCCUUGAGAUCUAAAGAGACAAGAGAGAUGUUUUGAAACUUCGCGGCCUCAUGUGAGAUAAAGAUCUUGGAUCAGACGAUCUCCCUUUCUAAUUAUGUAACAUCAUGUAUCUGAUUGAAUCUUGAAUAGUGAGUUAUUUGAAAAUUUUUAA